ACCAUUUUUUUAAUCUCACAAGUAUUUUUGUACCCCAAUCAUCAUUUAAUCUUAUCUUCAUCAUUAAUUACUUCAUUGAUUUCAUGAAUUUUAAAAUAUUCUCCCUUUCUUAAUUUACAAUUCGAUUAUUAAAAAUAUUUUUAUAUUUAAUAUAAACAUUAAUUACAAAAAAUAAAAAAUCUGUCCAUUCCUAUCCCACAGUCUUUAACGAAGAAACGACAUCGUUGCACGCACUCCAAAAAGAACAACACUCUUUCUUCAUGACUCUGCCACGCCUGUAGACACAGAAAAACUCUCUAGCCUUCAACCGAAGCAGAAAAUAAGCACUCCUUUCUUCUCAAGCAUUGAAAUAGUGUGUUUUUUAUUUUGAUUUUGCAGAAAGUUUUGAAGUAUUUUAAUUUUAAUUUUGAUUUCCGUCGAUUAUAAGAUAUUUUAGCUGAAUUUCUCUUAUUUAAAACAAAAAAAGGAAAAGUAAAAUGGGUUUUCUUUGAUUUUUCAACUAAAUGUUAUUUCAAGACAACUUUUUAUGGCAUGAAAGUAGUAAAUAAAAUUUUCAAGUUUGGCUAAAAAUCCCUAAAAUUUUUAUUUCUUUUGUUUUGGAAUUCUGGGGGGAGAGAUGGGUUGUACGCAAUCGAAGAUCGACAACGAAGAAGCCGUUACCCGCUGCAAAGAGAGAAAGCAAUUCAUGAAAGAAGCGGUUGCGGCGCGGAAUGCCUUCGCCGCCGCCCACUCCGCCUAUGCCAUGUCCUUAAAAAACACCGGCGCCGCCUUAAGCGACUACGUCCACGGCGAGGUCCAGGAUCCCAGCCUCCCUUCUCAACCUGGGCCGCUGUUCGUGUUACCCCCGCAACCGCCUCCAGUCGACAAGCUCUUCCCUCCGCCUCCGCCUCCCGGGAACCUCACCGGAGAUCCUGUGGUCCCGAUCCAACGGUCGGCUAGUAUGCCGAUACAGAUGCCGUUGAAAGAGAAGCAAAGGGAAACGUCGACGAGCCCGAUCAUUGAAGAGGAUGAGGAGGACGAGGACUUGGAAGCGAGUGAUAGGUUGGUGAAGCGAAAAUCAAGGAAUUAUAGGGGAAGUGGUAGUGGUGGUAGGAGUAGGAAGGAAGUGAUAGCGGAAGCGGAGGAGGUGGAGGAAAGGGUGACGACAACGACGGUGCAGGCGCGUGCAAUGCAAUCACAGCCACCCCACGAUUCGACUUUCUAUUACAUCUUUCCCACGGAAGAUAGUGUGCCUGGACCGAGUUUAGGGGAGGUGGAAGAAACGUGGGUGGAGAACAGGAAGGUGGAAAGGAAGGUUUUUGAGGAAAUGCCUAAAAGAGUUGAAGAGGAGAUGGUGGAGGAGAAGAUGAGGAAGGAGGAGGUGGCUGUGGAGAAGGGGCAGAAGACGGCAGUGGAGGUGGAGAAGCCGGUAGCAUCAACGGCUGGGGUAGGGAAGGGCAGCAAGAAGGGUGGGAAAGUGGGGUUUAGUAGUACAGGGGAGAAGAGGUUGGAGAAUGGGAAUUUUAAUUUGUUGCAGGUGUUUGCAGAACUUGAUGAUGAUUUCUUGAGGGCCUCAGACAGUGCUCAUGAGGUUUCAAAGAUGUUGGAGGCUACUAGGUUGCAUUAUCACUCUAAUUUUGCAGAUAAUCGAGGACUCAUUGAUCACUCUGCAAGAGUGAUGCGUGUUAUUACUUGGAAUCGGUCAUUUAGAGGAUUAAAAUUAGACAAUGCUGAUAAUGCCAAGGAUGAUUUUGAUUCAGAGGAGAAUGAAACUCAUGCCACUGUAUUGGAUAAAAUGCUUGCAUGGGAAAAAAAGCUUUAUGAUGAAGUGAAGGCAGGUGAGCUUAUGAAGUUUGGGUACCAAAGGAAGGUUGCCACUCUAAACAAACUAAAGAAACGAGGGACCAACUCUGAAGCACUCGAAAAGGCUAAAGCAGCAGUAAGUCAUCUACAUACCAGAUAUAUUGUUGACAUGCAAUCCAUGGAUUCAACAGUUUCAGAGAUAAAUCGGUUACGAGAUGAACAGCUAUAUCCAAAACUUGUUCAGCUUGUUGAUGGGAUGGCGACAAUGUGGGAAACCAUGAAAGUUCAACAUGAGAGCCAAUCUAAGAAAGUGACAGUCCUGAAAGAUAAUCUGGACCUCUCUCAAUCCCCAAAGGAAACAAGUAAGCACCACCAUGAGCGCACCAUCCAGCUGUUAGCAAUUGUGCAGGAUUGGCACAUGCAGUUUUGUAAGCUUUUUGACUACCAGAAAGUAUACAUAAAAGCCCUGAACAAUUGGUUAAGGCUAAAUCUCAUUCCCAUUGAAAGCAGCCUGAAGGAGAAAGUUUCUUCUCCUCCGAGGGAUGAAAAUCCCCCAAUUCGAAGGCUCCUUGUUGCUUGGCAGGACAAGUUUGAGAAACUUACAGAUGAGAUUGCAAGAAGUGCCAUUAAUAACUUUGCUCACGUGAUAGAUUCUAUUGUGCAGCAUCAAUUAGAUGAAAUGCAUCUGAAGGAAAAAUGUGAGGAAUCUCAGAAGGAGCUUCUAAAGAAGCAACGACAAUUUGAUGAUUGGCACCAUAAGUAUAUGCAGCGAAGAACACCAGAGUUGGACCCAGAGAGGACAGAAAGCAACCCUACCAAUGAUGCUGUUGCUGAAAGGAUGUUUAUGUUGGAAUCCGUAAAGAAGAGGCUGGCAGAAGAGGAAGAGGCAUAUAAGAGUUUAUGCGUUCAGGUGAGGGAGAAGUCUUUGGUUAAUCUUAAAACUCGCAUGCCAGAGCUUUUUAGAGCAAUGACAGGUAUUGCCUUCACUUGUACAAGAAUGUAUGGAGAGUUAAGGUCCAUAUCACGCACAAAGAAUCCAAGUCAUGUCUCAUAGAAGUGGUUGUAUGUUUAUGUGAUUUUCUUUCUAUCUAUGUAUAAUGUAAUUUUAUUUGAUUUAUAUAGAUAAACUCGUUCAACAGA